AUGGGUAUUAAAGGCGAUUCAAAAAAACAGCCCACUAGCGAACAAGUGCGAAUGGCACGUUUGACUUUGGAAGGAAAUUCAGCUGAUGACGAAGCAUCAAAGAUUCAGAAAAUGAUCAAAAAGGUCAUGGAGAUGACAAGUUGUUCGCAGUCGGAAGCAGAAAUUGCUCUUUUCGAUAAUGACAACAACAUUCAUGCGGCAAUUGAGCAUAUCUUAGAAAAUGACAAACUUGAUUCAUGGACGGAUCCAAAAGCUAAAAAGGAAAAGAAAAAACCGGAAGAGGAACGUGCGACUGGCCGAACUGGAACAGCUUCUAAUUUCCAACGAGGACGAGGAAAUGGUGGAUUUGUCGAUCGAGGUGGACGAGGUAGAUCAAACGGGGCACCACGAGAGCAUAAUCGUGAGAACAACCGCGAGCACAAUCGUGAGAACAACCGUGAGCACAAUCGUGAACACAAUGGCCCCCAGCGAGGCAAAGGUGGAUUCGAUCGGCCAAGUACAUUUAACGGAAGAGGAGGCAGAGGUGGCGGACGCGGUGGUUAUUCACGAGCAGUGGCACCGGAAGCUCCUCAGUUUCAAGAAGAGGUCGAAUCCAACCAGGUUAAUGCUAAUUUGUCUGAGACAUCUCCUCCAGUCGAAGAAUCUGUUACAACUACUGUUCCAACUUCGUCAGCACCAGGCCCCAUUUCUUUCGCUGCCGUGGCCGCUGCUGCUCACCGAAAGGAACUUAACAAACAACAACAACAAAAACAACUUCAUUCUCAAAACAUUCCGAAAAGGCGAAGCGUCUCCCCGGCACCGGAUCCAGCUAAGGAAGAAAGUUCACACGUUUUUGAUGAACCUGAAUCUUCUCGUAAUAAUAAUAAGGAAGAAAACUUUUAUCAAUGUGAACCGUCAUCAGCUGAAGAACCAUUGGCUUCAGCUUCUACACAUGUAGAAAAUGUACAGAAAACACCAAACCAAGCCAAUGUUUGGACAAAUCAAUUGAAAUCGGAAUUGGGAAUCGGAAUGCCUGAGAGUAAUGGCGUGACAUCUCCAAUACCAUCCAAUGUUUCAAUUCCGUCUUUACCUGAUCCGGGUGUUGAAUUCGUCGGUUGUGAGCCUACUUCUCUUGUUGAUAUUUCAUUUGGAUUCGUUGAAACCCCUCCUACAUCUCUUCUCCCACCUGCAGAAACGUCAUCAGCAUCGAUCUCAACUAAUAACAGUGAUAUGUUGUUUAAUCAUAAUAGGGUUCAAGUCCAACAGAAGACUUUGGAGCAAGAACGUGUACAAAUGAACAACGAUUUCAACCUGAAAUCAUCUUCCCCUCCAAACCCGUAUGGGCAGUCGAACAGCAGAUCACUAUCCUAUGAUACAUCUUCUGUGUCCUAUACCCCUUCAAAUGAUCGUGGAUUGGCAUCGAAUAAAACGCAGUUCAACCAAGCCACUCAGAUGUCGCAACAACAACAGCAAGUUCAGCAGCAACAAGUACAGCAACAACAGGCUCAGCAACAGCAGCAACAGGCGCCCCAGCAACAACAGCAACCUCCGCAACAAACCCAACAGAAUCAACAUCAUCCCCAACAGCAGCCAUUGAUGUUCCAGCCACAUCUUCCAUAUGCUCCAUAUUCUUACAUGAACAUGUACAACCCUGUAGCUGCCACGGGAGUUCGUGAUGAGUACGCUGCGCUGAUGCAAUAUGGAAUGGGCGUAGACUUGACGAAUCUUUCUACGAUUCUUCCAACCACGCAAAUUUCGCAAGCACCUCAAUCGCAGCAAAUAUCUUCGUCUCAACAUCGCGGUGAAACACAUGGUCUGAUGGACAUUAACAAGUUUGGAACCCAAACGACGAGGGAUCAGCAACAACCAUCGAAUGUUGGACCACCUCCUGGAUUCCAGGCUGCUUCAUACAUGCAGCAGCCAAAUUUGACAUCGUUAUUUAUGCAGCAACCAUAUCAAGCAGCGGGUCCACACCCAUUUGGAUUCAUGAACAUGGUUCAAUCUGUUGGAAACAAUGGAGCUGCUCGUCAGAUGUACGGUCAAGAAGAUGAUCGUAAAUCUUACGAAAAGAUGUCAGCGAAGCCAACACAACAGCCAAACAGCCAUUCUCAGUAUUCUCACAACAAUGGCAAUGUUGGAAUGCACACCGCUUUAGUAGUAGGAGCAACAUCAAGGCUUGGGAAAGCGAUCGUUCAAAGAUUGGCGUUUGCGGGGUUUAAAAUCGCUGCUACUGGUGAUUGCCCUAACAGUGUCGGGAAAAUUGCUGAGGAUAACAAAAAGCUCGGCGGUGAUGUCACCGCAUUUUCUUUUGAUUCUUCGAAUGACUCGCAUCGUAAAGAACUUAUUGAAAAAGUAAUUGAAACACUUGGGAGUCUUGAUACGUUAAUUGUUGUCCCUCCACAAAAUGAACUUGUUGGAGAAAUUCUUGAUUGCACGGAAGAACAGUUCGAUAAGGUGUUUGCUGACAAGUUGACGAUUCCGUUCAGAAUGGUUCAAGCUGCAUUGCCAGCUCUAUCAGAAUCGAAGAAUGGAAGCGUUGUGUUCCUGACUUCAUGUCUUGGAUAUACUCCGUCUGUCGAUAUGGGAAUGUUCUCUGUGGCAUCUAAUAGCGUAUUAGGAUUAACAAAAGCUGUUUCUGCGAGUGCUGCAAAACUUGGUGUGCGGGUGAAUAGUGUCGUUACGGGAAUGGUCGAAGGUGACAACACUGGUGCUGUUUGGGACCAUAGUUCAGACAAUAAUGCAAAAAUAAUUAAACAACAACUAGAGGCAAUGAUUCCACUUGGUCGUAUCGGCCGACCUUCAGAUGUGGCUUCGUACGUAGAAUUUUUGGCUUCUACGAAAUCUAGGUAUAUAACCGGUGAAAAUUGUAUUGUCAGCGAUAAAAAUGUUGUUGUCAUACUGAAAGGUGCCCAAAAAUGCUAUAUUGCUCCCGAUGUGCCUAAUAAUUUUCGGCAAUGCAGCUAUUUUAGGUAUCUGACGGGAAUAACUUCUCCUAAUUUGUAUUAUAUUAUGACUUCCGCGGGUUGUUCAUCCAAGUUCUCAUCAAUACUUGUCGCUGAUCGUCGAAGUGCUCAUGACGAAUUGUGGGAAGGAAAACUGCCAAGUGAAUCUGAAUGGGAACAAACUGCUCGAUUUGAUGAGAUUAUUCCGACGAAUAGAAUGCUUCAAACCCUCGAAAAACUCUGCGAUGAAAAUACAAUUGUUUAUCAUGAGACAGACGAUAGCAUGAUGUCCAAAUUUAUUCAUACAAAAGCGUCGGCAGUACGAUCGAUUAAUCCAUUAGUUGAUCAGCUGCGAUUAGUGAAAUCUGCAAAUGAGUUAGAAGCUGUGCGGGAUGUUUGUUUGCUAGGCUCUCAAACCAUGAGCGCGAUGAUUGCAAGUUCAAAAGACGUACCAAAUGAAAAUGUAAUAGUUGGUCUGCUUGAAUAUGAAGGCCGGAGAAGAGGUUCGGAAAUGCAAGCUUAUCCUCCGGUAGUUGCAGGAGGUUCACGCGCAAACACUAUACAUUAUUUGGAUGCAAAUCACGAGAUACUUCCGGGCGAAUGUGUUCUGGUUGACGCUGGUUGUGAUUUGAAUGGAUAUGUAUCAGAUAUAACACGCUGUUUUCCUAUCAAUGGAUUAUGGUCGGAUGCCCAACGAUCACUUUAUGAAGCUUUGUUGUAUGCUCAUGAGCAACUUCUUGAAUACGCACAUAAUAUGGAAAAAGUAAAGCUUAGUAAACUAUUCCAGCGAAUGAACGAACUUCUCGCAUCAAGUUUUUUAGAGCUGGGCCUCAUUAAAGCCCAGAAUUCCGCAGAUAUGUUGAAUUUAGCUGAAAAAUUGUGUCCCCAUCACGUAAGUCAUUAUUUGGGAAUGGACGUGCACGAUUGUGCUUCAGUAUCCCGAGAUAUUGAAUUGCCAGCCAAUGUUGUAUUUACAGUCGAGCCAGGGGUUUAUGUUCCGUUUGAUUGGCCAGUUAAAGAAUUCAGAGGUAUUGGGUAUAGAAUAGAAGACGACGUCGUGACAUGUUCUGGAGGCGGCAUUGAACUGUUAACCGCCGCUGUUCCUAGAGAUAUAGAAGAUAUUCAAAGUGAUGAAGUGGGUCGCGUGAACGGUAAUGUCGAAAAUUAUGCAUAUUAUCAUGGCUACAUGACGAAGGAAGAAGCAGAGUCAAUGUUGUGCAAAAAUGGCGAUUUUAUUGUGCGUAAAACUGAAAUUGGUACUCAUUUGCAUUACGUAAUAAGCUGUAAAACGAAUGGAAAAUUUUAUCACAUUUUGAUCAAACGAACUAAAACGAAAAAACUGUAUUGGACUUUUAAAUAUGCAUUCAAAUCGGUUAGUGAUCUGAUAGAUUAUCAUAAAAGAAAUCAGUUUCCGGUAUUUGCACAAGUUUAUAUUGAACAUCCAGUGGCGAAACAAGAGUGGCAAUUGAAUCACGAACAAGUAUUAUUUUCUGCUGCGAUGGCCAUAAUGAGAUUCUUUCCGGUUGAUUUGCAACAAAAAAUUGGAGAAGGUCAGUUCGGUGAAGUUCAUCUUGGUAUCUUAAAGCUUUCCGCCUUCGGAAAACCAAAGAAGGUUGCCGUAAAAACGCUGCAUCAACAUCAUAUGAGUAAUGACGAAAGAAUAAAAUUUCUCAAGGAAGCAAAUGUGAUGCUUAAACUGGCACAUCCGAACGUCGUAAAAUUUUAUGGUGUUUGUACCACCAAAGAGCCAAUAAUGAUUGUAAUGGAAUUUUGCGAUGGAAAAUCUCUCGAAGAUGUUUUAUUGAAUAUUGGAUAUGAGCUUGUUUCGGAUACACGUGUUAAAUAUCUUUUUGGAGUUGCCUGUGGUAUGAAAUAUCUUCAUAAUGAGGAAAUUAUUCACAGAGACAUUGCUGCUCGAAACUGUCUGUUGAAUAGUAAUGACGUGAUUAAAAUUUCGGACUUCGGACUUUCCGUUAAAGGAGUUUCGGUAAAAGAAAAACGAGGGGGGAGAUUACCAGUAAAGUAUAUGGCACCAGAGACCUUAAAGCGAGGAGUCUACAGUACUGCUUCUGAUGUCUACAGUUAUGGUGCUCUCAUCUACGAGGUUUAUAUGAAUGGAAAAGUUCCGUUUGAUGAUUCAAAGCUAAGUGGAAAUGAGCUCCGAAAAGCGAUCAUUGAGAAAAAAAUCAUUCUGGAAUUAAAUACAUCAUGUCCAAUCUAUGUAAAGGAGCUGUUCAAAGGCUGUCGAGAAUAUUCUCCAGAAUUGCGCCCGAAAUUUGCAGAAAUUCGGGAAUUUUUAAUGAAUGUUGGAAGCUGUAAAGCCAACAUGAAGGAUGCCGAAAUCGACGAUAUCCCAAUUCAACAGCAAUUACUUGAAUAUCUUACCUCAUGCUGGGGAUAA